CGGGGAGCGGGGCGGGAAGUGGGGAUUGGAGCUGAAGGGAGGGAAGGAGGGAGCAAGGGAGGAAAAGAGGGAGGGAGGAAAAGAGGGAGCGAAGGAGGGCAGCGAGCAGCCGAACCCAGCGCAGCCGGGCCGGGCGGCGGAGCGAGGGGGGAGCCAGGGGCGCGGGCUGAGGCGGGAGGCGAGCGGAGCUGCCCUUGGAAGCGCUCGGCCCGAGGCGGCUCCUGCGGUGGCGGCGGCUGCGGGUCCCUCCUCCCUCCAUCCCUCGCUCUCCGCCCCGGCGGCGGGAUGGGCUGGGCGGGGGGCUCCCCCUGCUGCUGCCCCCCGCGUUCCCGCCCCGCAGGACGGCCCCCCAAGCCCGGGAAGGCUGAGCCACACAGUUUCAGGGAGAAGGUUUUCCGGAAGAAGCCACCAGCCUGUACUGCCUGUAAGGUGACAGUUGAAGGGACCGGGCUGGUGUGUCGAGUCUGCAAAGCAGCGGCGCACCGGAAAUGCGAGACCAAGGUGACCACGGCGUGCCAGGCCCUGCCUCCUGUGGAGCUGCGGAGAAACACUGCCCCAGUCAGACGCAUUGAGCACCUGGGAUCCACGAAGUCUUUGAACCAUUCCAAGCAGAGGAGCACCUUGCCUAGGAGUUUUAGCCUGGACCCACUCAUGGAACGCCGCUGGGACCUGGAUCUGACCUACGUGACCGAGCGGAUCCUGGCUGCUGCCUUCCCAGGGAGGUUCGAUGAGCAGAGGCACCGCGGCCACCUGCGGGAGCUGGCCCACGUGCUGCAGUCCAAGCACCGAGACAACUACCUGCUCUUCAACCUGUCAGAGAAACGGCAUGAUCUGAACCGACUGAACCCCAAGGUCCAGGACUUUGGCUGGCCAGACUUACACGCACCUCCCCUGGACAAGUUGUGCUCAAUUUGCAAAGCUAUGGAAAACUGGCUCAGCUCCAGCCCCCAGCACGUGGUGGUUCUCUACUGCAAGGGGAACAAGGCCAAGCUGGGCGUCAUCGUGGCCGCCUACAUGCAUUACAGCAAGAUCUCAGCCAGUGAAGACCAGGCUUUGGCCACUCUCACCAUGCGCAAGUUCUGUGAAGACAAGGUGGCCUCCGAAUUCCAGCCCUCUCAGAGAAGGUACAUCAGCUACUUCAGUGGUCUCCUGUCUGGCUCCAUCAGAAUGAACAGCAGCCCCCUGUUCCUCCACCAUGUGCUCAUGCCCGUCCUACCUGCCUUUGAGCCAGGCACAGGCUAUCAGCCGUUCCUCAAGAUCUAUCAGUCCAUGCAGCUGGUCUAUACAUCUGGAGUCUAUCACAUCUCAAACCCAGGACCCCAACAGCUUUGCAUCAGCCUGGAGCCUGCCCUUCUCCUCAAAGGUGAUGUCCUGGUGACGUGCUAUCAUAAGGGGGGCCGGGAGUCAGAGCGGACCCUGGUGUUCCGGGUUCAGUUCCACACAUGUACCAUUCAUGGAUCCCACCUCACCUUCUCCAAGGACCAGUUGGAUGAGGCCUGGACUGAUGAAAGAUUCCCCUUCCAAGCCUCAGUGGAAUUUGUUUUCUCCUCUGGCCCUGAGAAGAUAAAAGGUCGAGAACCCCCACGAAAUGAUGCAUCUGUUUCUGUUGACUACAACACCACAGAUUCAGCUGUUCGCUGGGACUCCUAUGAAAACUUUAACCAACACCACGAGGACAGUGGGGAUGGCUCCCCGUCCCACACCCGGGGACCCCUGGAUGGCAGCCCCUACGCCCAGGUACGGCGGGCCCCCCGGCCCUCCCCGCCGAGGCCCCCCCCGGAGCACCCCCCGCCUCCGCUCCUCUCCGUCAGCAGUGACUCGGGCCAUUCUUCCACCCUGACCACGGAGCCCCUGGCUGACUCCCCCACGCGGCCGCCCCCCACUCCUGCGGAGCGGCAGGAGCUGGAGCGCCUCCUGGGCGGCUGUGGAAUAGGCGGGGUGGGCCGGGGAGUGGGCCGGGAGACGGCCAUUCUGGAUGAGGAGGACCAGCUGCUGCCGGGGGGUGGCGCCCCACUCGGGGUCUACCAGGGCCCAAGGCCCGGCCUGAGCCGGCACUGCUCCUGUCGCCACGGCUACCGAGAGCCCUGCGGGGCUCCCAACGGAGGCGGCUACUACAGGCCGGAGGGGACGUUAGAGCGGAGGCGGCUGGCCUACGGGGCCUACGAGGCCCUCCCCCAGGCCUACGGGGAGGUGCCCCUGGAGAAGAGACAGCUCUGCCGGUCCCUCUCCGAGGGCCCGUACCCCUACCCGCCCAAGCUGGGCAAGCAGGCCAACGGGGAGUUUGGCUACCGUCUGCCCGGCUACCGAGACGUGGUGAUCUUGGAGGACGGGGGCCUGCCCGCGCUGUGCUCCUGCCCGGCCUGUGAGGAGAAACUGGCACUGCCCACGGCCGCCCUGUACGGCCUGCGCCUGGAGAGGGACGCGGGGGAGGGCUGGGCAGCAGAGCCGGGAAAGCCCCUCCUGCACCCCCUGCGGAGCAGGCACCCGGUCCCCCUGCUAAUGCCUACUUACGGACACCACCACGCAGCCCUGCCCGACUACAAUUGCCUGAAGCCGCCUAAGGCCGCGGAGGACGGGCAUGAGGGGUACCCCUAUGCUCUCUGCCCUGAAGGAAGGUAUGGGCACCCAGGGUACCCUACCCUGAUGGCAUACGGCAGUGGGGGAGCCGUGCCCGGGUACUGCCCCACGUAUGGGCGGCCGGCCCGGGGUUACGUGUCACCCAGUGAGAGCAGAGGGUAUCCCAGCCCUGGAGUCCACUCUCCCUGUCCUGGCUCCGUCUUGCCAGGAAGCCCCUCCUACCCACCAUCGGGCAAGCUGAGUUACGAGAUCCCUCCUGAGGAGGGCGGGGAUGGGUACCCAUUGCCGGGGCACCUGGCUCAGACAGGCAGCUUGGCGCCUACAGAUUCCCCGGAACCAGGCUUGUGGCAGGAGGGCCCCGGUGGGCACAUCACCAUUCCCCGGCCAGCCCCAAAUGCCCAGGGUGUGGAGAGUGCCCCAUCUGAUCUGUCGGGCUCCCCUACCCCUCUCCAUACCAGCAGCCCCGUCCAGGGAAAGGAAAGCCCUCAGAAUCAAGAGAAUCGGUCCCCUAACCCGGCACCUGCCCUGAGACCGGCCCCGGGAGACGGGGCUCGCACCACUCCCCAGGGGACCGCCGAAAAGCCUCCGGAGCUGCCUUCCACAGCGGGGAAGGAGCCCCCCGGCUCUGGCCCUUUCCGCUCGGCCUCGCCUUCCGGCUCCCCCAGGGACUGGGCUCAGGAGAGGAGCCAGGGCGUGUACCCUGGCAGUGCCCAUCCCCGGGCGCCGGUGCCCACCACGCUGCCCGGCCUGCGCCACGCCACCUGGCAGGGUCCUCGCGUUCCCUCAGACAGCCCGGACGGCUCGCCCCUCACGCCCGUGCCUGCCCAGAUGCCUUGGCUGGUGCCCGCCCCCGAGCCCCCCCAGUGCUCCCCCACGCCCGCCUUCCCUCUGGCCGCUUCCUAUGAUUCCAACGGCGCUGCCCAGCCCCCACUGCCUGAGAAGCGGCACCCCCCGGCAGGCGGGCAGCAGGCGGGCCGGCCGUGGGGAGGGGAGCGAGCGUCUCCGCCGGGCCGAGGGGCCGCCCACCACGUCACCUUCGCUCCCCUGCUUCCGGAUGAAGACCCCGGCUCCCCAGAUCCCCCUCCCCAAGAGAGCCAGAGCAACGUCAAGUUUGUGCAGGACACGUCCAAGUUCUGGUACAAACCCCACCUGUCGCGAGACCAAGCCAUCUCCCUGCUGAAGGACAAGGAGCCCGGCGCCUUCCUGAUUCGGGACAGUCAUUCCUUCCAAGGGGCCUAUGGGCUGGCCCUCAAAGUGGCCACCCCCCCACCCAGUGCCCAGGCUUGUAAAGGUGACCCCUUGGAACAGCUGGUCCGCCACUUCCUCAUUGAGACAGGACCCAAAGGAGUGAAAAUCAAGGGGUGCCCCAGUGAACCCCACUUUGGCAGCCUGUCAGCUCUGGUCUCCCAACACUCUAUUGCCCCCAUCUCCCUUCCCUGCUGCCUCCGAAUCCCCAGUAAAGAUCCCCUGGACAAGACCCCCGAGGUUUCGGUGCACACCAACAUGAGCACGGCUUCAGACCUCUUGCGGCAGGGAGCAGCCUGCAGCGUACUCUAUCUGACGUCUGUGGAGACCGAGUCCCUGACGGGCCCCCAGGCCGUGGCCCGGGCCAGCUCGGCCGCUCUGAACUGCAGCCCCAGCCCCACGCCGGUCACCGUCCACUUCAAGGUGUCGGCCCAAGGCAUCACACUGACCGAUAACCAUCGAAAGCUCUUCUUCCGGAGACAUUACCCGGUGAACAGCAUCACCUUCUGCAGCACAGACCCUCAGGACAGAAGGUGGACCAACACGGACGGAACCACCUCUAAGAUCUUUGGGUUUGUGGCCAGGAAGCCAGGCAGCCCCUGGGAAAAUGUAUGUCAUCUCUUCUCGGAGCUUGAUCCCGACCAGCCAGCAGUUGCCAUUGUCACUUUCAUCACCAAAGUUCUGCUGGGCCAGAGAAAGUGAAGAGGGGAUGAUGAAGGCCAAUCCCGAAUGAAUAUCCCUUUCUUCUCCCGGCCCCCCCUCCCACCGACCUUUCCCCUCACGUGGAUUAAGAAAAAAGCAGCAGCCCUCACCCCCAAGCACAAGCAAGGGGCUUCCCUGUGACACUCCCCACUCCUCACCCCCACCAUAUCCCCCAGCCUGCCACACAGACCAGAUGAGCACAAGUGAUGGCAACUGUAGGUGAGCAGAGGGGAAGGGGAGAGCUAGGGCCCAGGAGGGGGUGGUGUCGGAAACCAAGCCACAGAGGGGUCUGCCUGAGAGGACCCUGGUCUGGGAGGGGCUGCAGCCAGCUGCAGGCCAGAGCAGAGGCAGAGGGAGAACGGGAAGGGGAGAGGACUGCACCCCUCCUCCUAUUUACUCCCACUAAACAGAGAGAGCAGGAUGGGAAUUAUAUGAAGAAAAAGAAAAGAGUCUAUUUUUGUCUAAUAAAGAAUUUCUAUGAGCUUUA